UAUAAACUCCUACUAAAACCCACCUCACUUCUCCUCUUAAAAAAAAAGCCCGAAUGAAUCCAAAUUUGCUUGCUUUACUUCACUCUUCCGACCAACUUAACCAAUUCAAGCAAAUCCACUCUCAAAUCAUCGUAAAUUGCGCCGCUCUAACUCGCAUUCUCGUCAAAAAACUCAUUGAUUCGUCUUUUCUUGGCUACGCUCGUGAAGUGUUCAAUAGAAUUCCUCUGCCAGAUCAAGCUCUUUAUAUCUCUUUCAUUUCAAGUUACACCAAACUUUCUUUUAAUAAAGAAGCUAUAAAACUAUUUGCUUCGAUGCAUAGCAGUCGUACCCAGAUGAGUAGUCGUGCUGUUUUGGCUGUUAUUAAGUCGUGUUCGGGGUUUUCAGGUGUUUCUGUGGGGAAACAGGUUCAUGGUUUAGUGGUAAAUUAUGGGUUUGAUUUAGAUGUUUAUGUUCAGAGUGCUUUGAUGGAUUUUUAUGCAAAGAAAGGUGAUUUCUUUUCGGCAAGGAAAAUUUUUGAUGGGAUUUUGGUUAAGGAUCCUGUUUUUUAUAAUUGUUUGAUCUCUGGGUAUUCUAAGGUUGGUGAUGUAAUGGCAGCGGAGUGUUUGUUUGAUGAGAUGAAAGAGAAAACUGUUGCAUCUUGGAAUUCCAUGAUUUCGUGUUAUGUGAACAAUGGUUAUCAUGACAAAGCUUUGGAAAUUUUUGAAAGAAUGCAAGCUAACAACAUCCCUCCCAGUCAAAUUACUUGGGUGACUUUACUUUCUCUGACUGCUAAGCUCAGAGAUUUGAAACUGGGGUUGAAAGUUAAGAAGCUUAUUGCUGAUAGCAACAUUUGUGUAAAUACUAUAGUUUUAACUGCAAUAGUGAACAUGUUUGUGAAAUGUGGGGCUAUUGAUGAAGCCCGUGAAGAAUUUGAUCGGAUGCGUACAAGAGAUACUCUUGCUUGGAGUGCCAUGAUUUCUGGUUAUGCACAAAAUAGGAGAGCAACAGAGGCUCUAGAGCUUUUCGAGUGCAUGAAAAAGGAGCAGAUUAGACCGAAUGAUGUUGCACUAGUUAGUGUUCUAUCAGCUUGUUCUCAGCUGGGUUCUGUAGAAGCUGGUGAGUGCCUUGCAGCCUACAUAGAAACUCAAGAUCUGGCCUCAAAUGUCUAUGUGGCCUCAGCAUUAUUGGAUAUGUAUUCCAAGUUUGGAAACAUAGCUAAAGCUCGUCAAGUAUUUGAUAAGAUGCCUGAGAGAGACAUUGUUAGUUGGAAUUCAAUGAUUGUUGGUCUAGCAGUUAAUGGUUUUGCGGAGGAUGCAAUAUUGCUUUAUGAGAAAAUGAAAGAAAGUGAAGUAAAACCAGACAGUAUAACAUUUGUUGGGUUAUUAACAGCCUGCAGUCGAACAGGCCUUGUUGAAUUGGGUCUUGAGUUUUUUAGAAGCAUGGAAUUACAUUAUAGCAUUGAACCAAAGAUAGAGCAUUAUGCUUGCAUUGUAGACCUCUUCUGUAGAACUGGAAGAUUAAAUGAAGCUUAUGAGUUGGUAUGUAGAAUGGAAAUGGAGCCCAAUGUGGUGAUAUGGGGUACGUUGUUAAGUGCUUCCAGAACCCACUUGAAUGUUGAGCUUGCUGAGCUCUGUGUUGAGAAGUUGCUAAAGCUCGAGCCUGAGAAUUCUGGGCACUAUGUUCUCCUUUCUAAUAUAUAUGCCAGUUUGGGCAGAUGGCAAGCAGCAUUGGAAGUGCGGAACUUGAUGAAGAAUAAGAGAGUGCAGAAAGUGGCUGCUUAUAGUUGGAUAGAACUGGAUAACACAGUACAUAAAUUUUUAGUUGGUGACACAUUUCAUCCUAGAUCUAGUGAGGUCUGCUGCAUUGUUGAUGGAUUGGCAGUGCAGUCAAUAUAUGCACAUUCUGAUGUAGAUUUUAUCUUAGACAUCUAGUGAUUCUCUUCCUAAUCAGAUGAUGCCUGCUAGUGAAACAGUUGUAGUUGUUGCGGGUUGCACUUCAUCAAAUUUUAGGACAAUCUCUGAUUUGGUUGUCCCUCCUAAAAAACAAAAAGAAUGAAAGGGAAUUGAAAGAGGUUCUUGAUUGGUUGACCAUCUUUAUGCACAAAUUGAAAUAAAAGAUAAUGCCAGCACAGACAAAAGUGUGUGAGGGGCUUCUUGACCUGGCAACAAGAAGAGGUGUCUGCUUUUGGUAAGUCCUGAUUAGGACACCUGAGAUGCAAUAGACAUCUUUUAAUAUUUAUAUUGAUAUCCAACUUUCUAGAAGCAGUGUCAUUAACUUGAGGAUUAGGAGUUCUUUACCAUGUUAAGCAGAACUAAUUCUUGGGAUGAUUCAGUUGAUGACUAUAAGUGAUACUGCUUUGGUUGAAAAUUUCCCCAUCCUAGAGGAGUUGGAUAAAUGCAGCUUGUAAUAAUACAAGUGAUUAUUAUUUUGUGUUGUUGAAGGAGUUCAAGUUUUCUCUCAGAUUAUUUUUGUACAAGCAUCAGUGCAAGUGGUGGUAGGAGUAUUUGAACUAGUGGCAAGUCCUAUGAAAGGCAGAAGCUUCACUACCAAGCUGGAGGUGCCCCUUCUUUUUCACUCUGAUAGAUUUCUCAAGAAUUUUACAGAAUGCUUGCUAAUGCUGCAAUAGUUGAAGGCCCCUUUUUGCUGUUGACAAAUCCCCUGGCCCCAUUCCCCCUUCUCUUUAAUACAAUCACUUUAUUUAACCAUAAUAUAAUAGUGGCUAAACUAUUUUGGGUUUGGAUCACCUAUUAUUAUAGUAAUUAUUAGUACCAUCAAUAUUAUCUUAUUGUUCUUCUUUUGGGUAUAAUGUGCUCACAACAUCCACAGGGAUCAGGGACCAUGAAGAGGCAAGAAGAAAGAAUGUCGGCAGAAAACUGCAGAUCCGUAAUACAUACGAAUUUUUCGCGUGCUAUAUGUGAGAACGAAGUGUAAUUGUAGCAUUUGGAUUGCAAAAAUGCUUAGACUCCAACUCUGGUUUUGGACCAUGUUUUUGUAUGGUGUAGAUGAUGUUUCACAUACAUUUCAGGUUCUUUGUAAAAGUCACUUGGAUUUUCCCCCGUCAUUGUCUUAUCCCUGAGUGCUUAGGCUUUGCAUGAUGAAUGCCUUCCAAGAAGCUGCAUUACCCCUUCAAAUUUCGCACAGUUCAUCGGAAUUGACUUGUUUAAACGUUGCUAUUGGAGGGUUUCCAACGUGUUUCUAAGUUUGAAUGUGGAAUUAAUUUAAUUUUAAUUUUAAUACUUGUUCAAGUUUUGACCAUAUGGUACUACAUCAAGUUAAUUAUGUGGGGGUGAUGGAAAACAUUCAUAAACUUGAAAUUCAUUUAA